AUGCCGCCCCCGUCGACCACACCGCCUCGAGGGGCAUUCCCGGCAAGGACGCCAGAUAUUGAGCCCAUGCGCACGGAGGAGGAGGUACACAUGGGCGUCGGCGGCUCCAUCCCGGCAACAGACGUUGGCGGGGAGGGGACCACAUCCUCCCUGCCCGGCACGGGUCCCCCUCCCCCGGCAGACCAGGGAGACACCAACACCAUCAUCGAGGAGGCUGCCGCGGACACCAUGGCCGAGGCUGAGAAGGUCACCACUGAGGAGGCCGCCGAAACCGCGGCCGAGAAUGCCGUCGAGGGGUUCGUCGGGGAGACCGGCGAGGGCGCCGCCGAGGAGGCCGGCAAGAGCGCCGCUGGGGAGGUGGCCGGCAAGGCCUCUGCCAAGGAGGAGGCCGGCAAGGCCUCUGCCGAGGAGGGGGUGGUUGACGACCAACCCUCCUCGUCGGUUGCCUCUGGCUCGGGCAAGUACCUGAAGGUGAGCGACGACGUGUUCGUUCACCUCCCAGGGACGGCAAGCGUCAGGGCACCGGCUGAGGGGGAGGCGUUUGACGACGAAGUGCUCGCCGCCGCCGGGCUUGAGGUCGUCGACGAACCGAGCGCUGGCGGCGGCACCCAAGAGGAGCGGCUCCUCCAGAUCAUGCGCGCGAGCUACAACAAGCUUCAGGCGCUCCACCGCGCCCGUCUGGACAAAGCGAAAUCCAAAGAGGCGGUGGCGCACAAGGUGGAAGCAGACUUCGCGGAGCGCGUCGCCGAGGCGCAGGCUUGGUUCCGCCAGGCCCACGAGGAGCUGAAGGCCGCCCAAGGCCAGCUGAUGCAGCGCGACCUGGAGCUCCUUCUGAAGCAGGCCGACUUUGAAAAGGCCCGGGACGAAGCGAGGGAGGAGGCCUCCAAGGCCGAGGCCAUCCGGUCUCAGCGCGAGGCCGAGCUGAACUCCCAGGAGGAGGACCUCGCCAAGCGCGAGGCGGACAUCGACGCCAAACUCCGCGCCAAGGACGAGGAGCUCGAGUCCAACCGGGCAAGCUCCUUGGCCGACGAGUCCCGGCUAAUUUGCCAGGGCGCCAUGACCAAGGUCCUCACCAAGCUGGCCUUCUGGAACCCCGACCUCGACUUCGACGCCGGGCUGAACAACUUGCCGGGCGAUGCAGACCUCUCAGGGAUCAAGGAGCGCAUCGAGCCCGUCAUCAGCCGCAUCGGCGGAAUCCAGAGGGUGGAGGGCCAGCGCCGGGACUAG